ACCUGGCAGUGCCCAACUCUGGCAACCGCACGGAGACUCUGCAAAACAUCCGAAGGCAGAAAAGCUGUGACACUUCUGACAGAGGGGGUAGGGGGGUGGGGGGCCGGGGCCGGCGCCGCAAGCAGGGGCGAAGGGACCCAGCGAGACACCAGCCGCCCGGUGGCGGAGGCAGCGAUGUGAGCCGGACGCCCGCCCUGGAGGAGUGUGGACCGAAGGUCUCGGGAGAGUCGCUCGCCGUGCCAGGAAGUCAACUUCAAGCAGAUUGACUUGAACCAGGAUCUCAUUGGGGAAGCAUAAGUGUCCAACAAACUGUGGGGUUUUUUGUUGUUUUUUUUUUUUUAUUUGGAAAAUACUCAAGUUUCAGUAGCUUAUCAUCCUAAACUUUCUGAAAACCUGGCAAUCCCAUGUGGACUUCUGGUAGAAUGAGCAAUGCAAAGAGCUGGCUUGGACUUGGCAUGUCCUUGUACUUCUGGGGCCUGAUGGACCUGACGACCUCCGUUCUCUCGAGCACCCCAACACCACCAGGUGAAUUCGAAGCCCUCCUGUCAGACAAGCCACGGUCACAUCAGCGGACCAAGAGGAGCUGGGUUUGGAACCAGUUUUUCGUUCUGGAAGAGUACACUGGCACCGACCCUUUGUACGUCGGCAAGCUUCAUUCAGAUAUGGACAGGGGAGAUGGAUCCAUCAAAUACAUCCUCUCAGGAGAAGGCGCAGGAAUCGUAUUUACCAUCGACGACACCACUGGAGACAUCCACGCCAUUCAGAGGCUCGAUCGAGAGGAAAGAGCACAGUAUACUUUAAGGGCUCAAGCCCUGGAUAGGAGAACAGGCAGGCCGAUGGAGCCAGAGUCAGAAUUCAUCAUCAAAAUCCAAGACAUCAAUGACAAUGAGCCCAAGUUCCUGGACGGACCUUAUGUUGCCACCGUGCCAGAAAUGUCACCAGUGGGUACCUCUGUUAUCCAGGUGACAGCCACAGAUGCUGACGACCCAACCUACGGCAACAGCGCUCGGGUUGUGUACAGCAUUCUCCAGGGCCAGCCGUACUUUUCUGUGGACUCCAAAACAGGUGUAAUUAGGACGGCGCUCAUGAACAUGGACAGAGAAGCCAAAGAAUACUACGAAGUGAUUAUCCAAGCCAAGGACAUGGGAGGGCAGCUUGGAGGAUUAGCCGGGACCACAACAGUCAACAUCACCCUCUCGGAUGUCAACGAUAACCCGCCCCGCUUUCCCCAGAAACAUUAUCAGAUGAGUGUGUUGGAAUCAGCUCCAAUUAGCUCCACUGUGGGGAGAGUGUUUGCCAAGGACUUGGAUGAAGGAAUCAAUGCAGAGAUGAAAUAUACUAUUGUGGAUGGAGACGGUGCAGACGCCUUUGACAUCAGCACAGAUCCCAAUUUCCAAGUCGGCAUCAUAACUGUAAAGAAGCCCCUGAGUUUUGAAAGCAAGAAAAGCUACACCUUAAAGGUGGAAGGAGCCAAUCCUCACCUGGAGAUGCGCUUUCUGAACCUGGGCCCAUUUCAGGACACGACGACAGUGCACAUCAGUGUGGAAGAUGUGGAUGAGCCCCCUGUGUUUGAACCCGGCUUUUACUUUGUGGAGGUGCCUGAGGAUGUGGCGAUUGGAACGACCAUACAGAUCAUUUCUGCCAAGGACCCAGAUGUGACCAACAACUCAAUCAGAUACUCCAUUGACAGAAGUAGUGACCCUGGAAGAUUUUUCUAUGUUGAUAUUACAACCGGUGCCCUAAUGACUGCAAGACCCCUAGACCGGGAAGAAUUUUCUUGGCAUAAUAUCACUGUCCUUGCUAUGGAAAUGAGUGAAACCACCCACCACUGGAUUUCUGGGUUUGGGACUUCACUGGGCCCUAAAGCUUUCUCCUUUGGCUCCAACUCACCCAAUUCCAUGUCCUGCCCUCAGCUGAUCCAGACAGUGAGUGCAGUGGACCAAGACAACCCACGCGAUGGCCAGCAUUUCUACUACAGCUUGGCCCCCGAGGCUGCUAACAACCCCAACUUCACCGUAAGGGACAACCAAGAUAACACUGCCCGGAUUCUAACGAGGAGGUCUGGCUUCCGGCAGCAGGAGCAGAGUGUCUUUUACCUGCCCAUCCUGAUAGCAGACAGUGGGCAGCCAGUGCUGAGCAGCACAGGCACGCUGACCAUCCAGGUGUGCAGCUGUGACGACGAUGGCCACGUCAUGUCCUGCAGCCCCGAGGCCUACAUGCUCCCAGUCAGUUUGAGCCGGGGUGCCCUCAUUGCCAUCCUGGCCUGCGUUUUUGUCCUCUUGGUGCUGGUGCUGCUCAUUCUGUCCAUGCGGCGGCACCGGAAACAGCCUUACAUCAUCGACGACGAGGAGAACAUCCACGAGAACAUCGUCCGCUACGACGACGAAGGCGGCGGCGAGGAGGACACCGAGGCCUUCGACAUCGCGGCCAUGUGGAACCCCCGGGAGGCGCAGGCAGGAGCCGCCCCCAAGACGCGGCAGGACAUGCUGCCCGAGAUCGAGAGCCUCUCCCGCUACGUGCCUCAGACGUGCGCCGUGAACAGCACCGUCCACAGCUACGUGCUGGCCAAGCUCUACGAGGCCGACAUGGACCUGUGGGCCCCGCCCUUCGACUCCCUCCAGACAUACAUGUUCGAGGGGGACGGCUCUGUAGCGGGGUCGCUGAGCUCCCUGCAGUCGGCCACAUCAGACUCUGAGCAGAGCUUCGACUUCCUCACGGACUGGGGGCCGCGCUUCCGGAAGUUGGCUGAGCUCUACGGGGCGUCGGAGGGGCCCGGGCCCCUGUGGUGA